AUGCCUCCCCGCAAGGCGGGCACUAAGGCCUCCGGCAACCCUAGCGCCAAAGCUGGAGGUUCCGCCCCUAAGGGACGACUCGAUCGUAGACCUUGUGUCUUGUGGGCCCCCCAGACUAAGGCAUUCUGCGGCGGUGGCAGUAUGCUUGAUGACCUUGAGGGUCACUACAAGUCGUGGUUUGUAUGGAACGCCAUCCAAGAAUCCCCUCCUUACGUCGGCUUCACCAUUCAUUUCCCCCGUCGUGUGGAUGGUGUAUAUCAGUAUUAUGCACGAGGUGCUGAUAGGCCGUCCGACGUUCACAAUAUCUUUUUCGGCGCCCAUCCGGGAAAAGUAGAGCUUACCUUCGCGGAAAUCGCGCCCGAUUCGGACGCCCUUCCCGAACAGCUCCGAGGUAAGGUGGAUCAACCUUGGCUCAGCAUAACCAUGACCCUUCACGACGACGCUGAGUUGAUUUGUGAAGGCUGGCCCUGGCCUUUCGAGGGCCGCGACCAGGCUGCCGACGCCGCUUUCCACCGCCACGGACGCGUUGAUGGCGCGCCCAUCACCCUCUCGCAAAUGCAGCAAUUGCGGACCUGGUCCUUCCUCAUGAAAGCAGCCGGAAAUCAGAGAUAUAUCAGCGCAGCUCGUGACUCCGUCGUGGGCUUCGAAUUCUCCUAUCCAUUUGGAAACCAGUUUCAUUGGGAUAUGAAACGGUACCUACAGACCAUCCCCAACUUCCGGGCAGAGAAGCAAUUAAAGAAGGUAUAUGUUCAUGCCUCUUUGAACAAUGCGCUUACCUGCUUUACCCAAAGCGUCGUUCAAGAUGCUUUCCCCUUGCUUCAGGAUGCAAACCAGAUUUGUGGUAUGGAAGUACAGGCUGGCUUCAUGAUCCCCCAGAACCCGUCUUUCUCAUAUGAAGCUGGUGGUGAUACUGAGUCGGAGGUGAUCGAGGAGUACGAAGUGGUUGCUGAGUUAACUCCCGAAAUCCUUGCAUUCAGAGACGCCUUGCGCAUCCUGACAAAGCCCGGUUGCCCCUUGAAGAUCUUCUUUCAGCCGCCCCAAUUUAUCGAUGGCGAGGUCAUUGAAAACGAAAACUUCUGGGAGGGUACCAUAAGGGGAUUGGACACAAACGGCUUCCUCAGGUUCCGUGCGUGCCGUCCUAGAGAUCCCGAGAGCCCACAAUACAGGACACAUGAACAGGCUAUAAAGGUCGUGGAGAAAUCCAAGAUCUCAGAUCAGAAUGACCGGGUCAACUAGGAGAAGAUCUGGGUGCUUUUUGAUCCA